CUAUUUGCUCAUUGUGUCCAAACCUUGGUGUGAAAGUAUGUGUCUGGACAAUAUGAUUUGUUGCAUUGUCAUUUGAAAGGGUACAUGGACACAAAUAGAUGAUUGGGGAGGAGUGAUAAUCAGUGUGAUCAUUUUACAAGAGAAUACAAUAGAAUCCACUUGUUUAAACACAGCUGAGUAGUGGCAUUUACUGUACAGGAAAGGGGAAAUUGCACCACUUGAAAACAAGGUGACGCCUAACUAACUGGCUGGACCUCACAUAGGGACGGGCUGUGAGUACAAAGUCCUGCACCAGACUGCAAUCUAUCAGAGCAACUUCUUGUUUCUGAGGGUUGACAUUUUUCUAUUCUAUUUGCUAAAGGAUUUUAUUGACGACAUGACAGGUGUUUAUAUAUUGUAAAACUGCAUCCAAGCUGCCUGGCGGGCCGUGCCCUACCCCUGGAAACGGGUUCCUUUUGAAUGAAUGCACUCCUGCCACUUCCGGACUCAUAAUCUCUGACUCCUAAUCCAUUGUACAGCUGAUAAGACUCACACACAGGUGCCAUGAGGCUGCAACACUGUCUCUCCUGGAGCCUCUCUUUGCUACUGCUGCUCUUGUUGUCUUGUAGGUACCAGUGCGUGUCGGUCCACUUCCAGACCCUGCAGCCGGUCAAUGUACUCCCAGCCGGACGUCUAGUUCUCCAGGUCCAGAUCGACCGCGGUCCCAAAGAAAAUAUCUCUAUGAUAACCUGGGAGCGGGAGCCAGAAAACGCAAAACCUCCAGGGAAUCCUGGGAAGGUGACGUUGAUUACAUUCCCCGGUCAAGAAAGACGCUUGGACGGGCGUCUGAGUGUGGAGCAGCAGGGGGCAAUACUGAAGCUGGAGGGCUUUGGCGUGGCGGACAGCGGGGUGUACAUCGUGACCGUCACUGACCAGGCUGGCGUCAAGACCUCUGCGCAGUAUAUCGUCAAGGAGUACG